CCCUCCCUGCCGCCCUCGCUGCCUUUCGCCACAGCCAAAAACACUCCCUGAGCUCACGGGCUUCUCGUCAUCUCCGGAAAAUGCCCCGGCGCCGGUGAAACCCAGUCCCUGUCGACCGGAGAGAGAACUCGGCGGCAGCCGGCGACGGAGUUCGGGCCGGACGCGAUCGCGUGCUCACGGCGGACGGCGUCGGCGAUGAGCGUGUCCGACGGCGACGGCGGCGGCGGCGGCGGCGGCGGCGAGUGAGUGAGUCGAGGUCGCUUGGUUGAGUCCGCAAGUUAUUCCUCGCCUUCGUCCUCGGCGGUCGGUGCCUGAAAGCGACGCGGCGGGUGAUCGCGAGUUGAUCGCGUCUGUUUCGGAUCGGUUGUUAGGUGGAGAAUCUCUGGGUUUCGGUUUGGAUUUGUGAUCGGUUGAUGUGCUGAUCUCGGCUUGAAGGUUAGGUUCUAAUGGCGCAACCGGUGCUUAGAUCGGCGUGAGGAGGAAGAAUCAUCGGCGGGUGAAGUCAGGUCCGUCGUGCUUUUGGUCACGGAGUCCCAUGCCGUUUUCAAUGAAAAUCCAGCCGAUCGAUUGUCACGUAGACGAGGCGAUCAGGUUCGAGCCAGUGAAGCCGGUCGUGAAGUCGCGGCUCAAGCGGCUCUUCGAGCGCCAGUUCAUCGGCGUGCUGAAGAGCUCGGCGGCGAUCGAGAAGGUGUGCGGCGAAGGCGGUGCGCCGCCGGUCGAUAAGGACGGCUUUACUGCGGAGCCAGCUGAAUUCGAGCCGAGCUCUCUCUGCCUGACGAAGAUGGUCCAGAAUUUCAUAGAGGAGAGUCACGAGAAGCAGUCGUCCUCUGCGGUGAGGUGCGGAGGCCACCGCUGCAACUGCUUCAACGGGAACGGGACCGACAGUUCAGAGGAAGGAGAGUCUGAGUUUCCUGGCGGAGGAGGAGGAGGCAGAGGUCAUUGGGGCGAGUUCCAUGGCGAAGCGUGUCAAACACUCAAGAGCUUGGUGAUGUGCGCGACGCUUUGCGAGAGGAAUUUGCUAGCGGACGCUGCGAGGAUUGUGGAGAAGCAGAAAAUGUCCAAGCGCAAGGACGAGAGCGUCCUGAAGAUCGUGUCGGACGGAUUGUCGGCUCUGGGCUACGACGCCUCUGUGUGCAAGUCUCGCUGGGAGAAAUCUGCAUCCUUCCCAGCUGGCGAAUACGAGUACAUAGACGUGAUCAUCAAAGGCGAGAGACUCAUAGUUGACAUCGAUUUCCGGUCGGAAUUCGAGAUUGCUCGGCCGACGAAGACAUAUAAGUCCGUCAUCCAUGCCCUGCCCAACAUCUUUGUCGGCAAGCCCGAACGCCUUGGCAAAAUCAUCGCCAUAGUAUCAGAGGCGGCGAAACAGAGCUUGAAGAGCAGGGGAAUGCACAUCGCUCCGUGGAGGAAAGCCGAGUACAUGGAGGCCAAGUGGUUCGCGCCUCACGCGAGGUCCACGUCCCCGACCACCUCGAAGAGCCCGCAUCGCCUUCCCGUACGAAAGGACCCAUCUCGAGUCGGGUCGGGGUCCUACAAGGAGAGCCUCGGGCCGAGCCGCUCCACCGACAACUCGGAGCUCGACUGCACCUUGUCCCUGCCGAUCGAGAGCUCCUCCGAGGCGGCGGAGGAGGAGGGCGAGGGGAUGGCGAGAGGCAAGACGAUAGCAACGGCGAAGCUCAGGAAUUCGCAGGUGGGCGUAGAGAUUGUGAGUGGAUUGGCUUCAGUAAUAGAGGACUAAAAGCCUUUGCAAGUGUGAGUUGUUUUUUUGGGGAUUGUGGUGUGGGGGAAGGAGAGACUCUUGCCUUUUUACAGAGUUUCCCCCUCCACCUUACUUUCUUUCUUUGGUUUUUCUCCUUUUCCGGUUGCGAUGCCUAUGAAGAGGAUCGUAUAUUUGCAGAUCCCGUAUGGCUUUGGUUUCUACUAACCUCUUCCCGAUGCCCUCCUGGUGUUCUUUUUUUUGGGUUGCGUGCAAAGGGGGGACAAAGAGUGACAAACAGUUUGUAAUAGCUUCUGCUCAAAUCUGCUACGUGCUAUUGAAUGAAAGAUUGGGCGUUACUA